GUAACCAUUGAAGACAGAUCACGUAACCAAUGACGUACCCAUAGUUCUGAAAAGUUUGGUUUUGAGCAUUUCCAAAUAAAAUGGCUUCUUUUGUCGAAUGUCAGAAAUCAAAUUCAACGGAUAUUUUUUUAAAUGGAAUCAACGGUUUUGCUGUGGUUUUGACUUUCUUGUGUAGUUCGUCUUAUUUGCAGGGAAUUUUGAAGUUGUGAUAGUAUAUGAGUGUUUAUUGAAAAACUAUUUGAGGCUUAAUUACAUCAUGGAUAAUCCUGUAUGGGAACGAAUAUUGGUGGAUUGGGUGAAUUGUUUGAAAUUGUCCAAACCAAUACACAAAUUAGAAGACCUGAAGGAUGGAAUAUUUUUCAGCAAUUUACAAAAAGUUAUAAAAAAAUCUUCAGAAACGGAAUCGGAUGUUUUAACAUGUUUAUUUCUCAUUCUAAGUCAACAUUAUCCACACUUUGAAAUACAUAAUAAGGCGAAUAUUCACUUGAGUGAUUUACCAUAUUUGGAUUUGUGUGCAGUAACAUCUUUGUUGAUGCACUACACAUGUAUACAUGACAGACGUGAUGUUUUAACUUCUCCUUUAUGCCAUAAUUUGCAACAAGUUAUACAAAUCAAUAUCAAAAACUUUCUGGAAAAAGUACAAGAUUGUUCUAAGUUAACCAAUGAAGAGCUUUCCGCUAUUAUAAAAUGUUGCAUAGAAGAUAAAGAGAAUGAAGGCGUUGACCAAUGUAACAGUUGGUUGUCAGUUUCGGCUGGUAACAGUCCAAGAGGUAGUCCACUAUUAGAUAUUUUGAAAACACCUGCUUCAAAAGUCAGUAGAAUUUUGGAAAGAGACAAAGAGAUAGCAAGACUCAGAGCGAAUUUGGAGUUAGUUCAGGAAGAAAAAGAUAACCUGGAAGAAGACUGGAAGCAACAAAUAGAAAAAAAUAAGAAAUUAGAGAAACAGCUCAAUCAAAAAACUAUUGAGAUAUCGAGGCUACGUAGUGAAGUCAUCGCCUUGGAAAAUCGCACUCCACCCCAUUACCAAGAUAAAGAUUUCAGGGAGAAUCAGAAAAUCUUGCGAACUAAAAUAGAAAGUUUGGAGCAAAUCUUAGAACAGUGUGACAGAGAAAAUGAACAACUUCGAGAUGAAAGAGAUUCAGGAAGAGCACAAAUUAAAACCUUGGAAUCGCAAUGUAAAACUUGGCUGGAAAAGUUUAUUGAUACCGACAACAAGCUCCAAAGUCUUACUGUACACUCUGAAGAACAGGAAAUAAAAUUUGAAAACCUCCGAAUGCACUGCAGUGAACUGGAAGGUUUACUUGAAGAGCUCCGACCUAAACAUCAUAAUGAUAGUUUUACCGAAGAAAGUUUUCGAGGUGUAAGAUUGAAUCGUCGUUCGAAAAAUUUAGAUCUUUCGCCAUCUUGUGAAGAUUUAGCUCAUUCAGUAGUUGAUGUACAGCUUAGGGAAGUUCAGAAAGAAAAUGAGUAUCUCAAAAAUGCCCUAGAAAAUGCUAAUACCAGAUCCAAAAGGCUGAAUGAAGAUCUAGAAAAGUCUGUAAUGGAAAAAAAUAUGGUAACAGAUGAAAGGGAUAAGUUCAACCAAGAACUUGUUGAAUUCAGGAAAAAAAUUGAAGAAAUCAUAUCAAAUAACAAAAAAUUCAUUAGAGAAUAUGGGCAUAUUUCUGCAGAAUAUGUGACCUUCAAUAAUAAAAAACAAAAAAUACAAGAAGGCUGUGAUGGUUUCUCAACUCAAAAUGAUCAACUAGAUAUGCAAAUGAUAGCAAUACAAAAAGUGUUGAUUAGUCUUGUGAAUGAUCUUGAAAGGGAGAAAAAUCUUUCGAAAGACUUGAAAAAAGAUAUCCACAAACUCAUAGCUGAGAAAAAUGUAGUAAUAGCUGAAAGAGAUGAACUGGUGUAUAAACUUGGAUCAUCUAACAAAAAAGUUGAUGAGCUUAUUAUCGAUAAUCAGAAAUUACUGUCUGAAUAUCAAAAUUUGUCUGAGAGUCAUGAGUCACUUAUUCAAAAAUACCAAGUUAUAUCAAAGAAUCAUGAUGAAUUGCAAAAUAAUAAAUUGAAUCUUGAGCAGGCUCUUCAAAACAAUAAUUAUAUUUUGAAAAAACUCGAAGACGACAUUAAUAGAAUGACUUCAGAUCGAGAGAAUAUUAUACAGGACAGAGAUAGGUUCGUGAGUAAUUUUCAUAUUGCUAAUGAAAAACAUAAUGAACUGAAACUGGAAAAUGAAAAACUGCUCUCUGAAUAUAACAACUUGAAUCAAAAAUAUGAAACUCUCAAUCAGGUGAAAUAUAAACUAACUAAAGAGAUAGAUGACUAUAUGUUGAUGUGUAAGCAACUUGAUAAAAACCUAAAAAAAAUGCAAAACAAAACUGAAAAAUUGGAUUUGGCAUUCAAUGAGGAAUCUAAUAUUUCAAAACAAUUGAGAGAAGAUAUCAGUAAGGUUACUAUGGAUAAAGUAACUGUGAUGGAAGAAAGAGAUAAUCUAAAAAAUGAACUUGAAAAAUUGAAUCAAAAGUGUGAUGGAAUCAUCUUGAAUAAUAACAAAUUACUGAAGGAAUAUAAUGAAGUAUGUCAAAAAUUUGAGAUAUUAAAUUCUGAAAAAGAAGAAAUACUAAGAGAAUUUAAGAAAGCCACUGCUAAUGCUGAAGAACUCAAAGUACAAUAUAAUAAUGUGAAAAGAGACAAUGAACACAUUGAAAUAAUCCUUCAUGAAGAGAAAAACCUUUCCAAGCAACUGAAAGAAGAAAUCAACACCCUGUUACUAUAUAAAACAAAACUAGCAGAUGAAAAUAACAUGAAAAGUGAAACAAUUGAAUCACUUGUACUGGAAUUGAAAAAAUCAAAUGAAAAUUAUCAAGAACUCAUCCAGAAUCACAAUGAUUUAACACUAGAAAAAGAAACUUUGAGAGGACAAAAAGAUGCACUUUUCCUUGCACUAGAAAAUGAAAGAUUAUCGGUUGCAGGCCUUUCAAAAGAAUUACUAGAAGUGAAAAGUGAACUUGAAUGUUGUGAGAUCCUAAAAAAAGAAUUGUGCAAAGAUAUAAAACAAAAAUCAGAAUCUUUGGAAAAAUGCAUGAAUGAAAGUGAUGAUUUAUUAGAAAAAUUAAACAUAGCACUUUCUCAAAAAGAUGAAAUUUCAAUUCAAUUUAGAGAACUUUCACACAAACUGAACACGGUCAGUUCAGAGAAAUAUCAGUUGGAGAUUGAGAGAACUGAUUUGUCAGAUACAGUUGAAAAAUUUGUUGAUCAAGUGAAGGCAUUAUCUAUGAAAAAUGAUAAGCUGGCCACAGAAUUGGAUGAAAGUAUUAGAAAAUGUGAAACAAUGUUUAAUUUGCUAAAUACGGUGGAGUCAGAAAAGGUGGAGUGUACAGAAAAAUUGAAAACUGCUGAAAGUGCAUAUCAUCAAGCCAUAAGUGUGAAUUCAGCAUUGAAAUCGGAUUAUGAUAAUCUUAAAUUAACGUUAGAAAAUGUCAAAUUAGAAAAAGAAAUGUUUGAAACUAAAAUAAAAACUAUGAGUACAGAAUUGGACAAUGUUAAAUCUGAAAAAGACCAAUUUCAAAACGAGUUAGAUAAGGUUAUCAAAAACUUGUGUGACAGUCAACAAGAGAAGUUAGAAUUUUCUAAUUUGACAAAAAAACUAAAAGAUGAAAAAGACAAUUUGCACAUUAAUUUGUGUCAAGUACAGGAAGACCUAGAAAAAGUUGAAACAGAGAAUAUUCUUUUGAACAACAAAAUUGAAACAUCAAUAUCUGAAAAACAACAAAUUUCUGAACAAUUUGAUAAAGUUGCUUUUGAAAAUGAAAAACUUUUAAUGAAAGAAAAUGAAAACAAAUCAGAUUUAGAAAAGGUUACUGAGGAAAAUGUAAAUUUGCUUGAAAAGUUGAGAUACCUACAACAAAACCAUACACAACUUACCGAAGAAUUGAGCACAUGUAAUUCAGAAAAGAAUGAAUUGUCAGAAAAAGUCAAUAAAGCUCUAAACGAUAUGAAAUAUUCAAUAUUGGAAAAGAAUAUGUUGUACCAGAAGUUGGAAAAAACUGUAAAAGAUUUUGAUGAAAAUUCUGAGAAAUUCAACAACACCUUGAAGGAAUUAGAAGUUACGAGGUUAGAGAAAGAACAGUUGAGAGAGGAAUUGAGCAAAGUAAUAUUGCAGAAAUCUCAGUUGAAAGAAGAAAUGGAAAACGUUGAUGUAACAAGGAUUCAAAAUGAACAGAGCCUUUACGAGAAACUUUUAAAUUCAAGAGAAGAAAUAAAAAGUCUCAAAGAAGUGAAGGACCUUCUGGAGAAAGAAAAAUGUGACUCGAACAGAAAAUUGGAGGAGUGUUCAGAAAAAAUGGAAAAUAUUCUAGCGGAGAAUAUAAGAUUAAAUCAACAUUUAGACAGUGUAAACUUGGAAACCGAGAAAAAAAAUAAAGAUCUUCAGUUGUCUUUCGAAAAAAUCGACAGGCUUUCAGCAGAAUUGAAAGUGUACGUUUCAGACCUAAAAAGGGCUCUUGAUGAAAAUUCUAAUUUAUCCUCAAAAUUAGAACAAAUCUCGAAGUCAUUGGAUAUUUCUGAAAAAGAAAAAGAUGAAAUAACUAGAGAAUUUGAAAAAGCCCAAUCCAGUAAUUCAGUCAUUAAAAAGAAACUAUCUGAGGACAGAAAGCAUCUGUUCAGUAUUCUUCAAGUAAUAUACAAUGAAUUGGGAACUUAUGUUUUAGAAAAUGAAGAACACCUUGAAAAAUAUAUGUCACUCGUUGAAAAAUUCAAAAUAAUUUCAGUGUGUGAUCAAGAUUUGAAUAGUAGUGAUUGUCAUGUGUAUAUGGUAAACGUUGAUAAUCCAGAAGAUGAAGGUGCUAUAUAUGAUGAAUUAAAACAAAUUAUAAUUCAAAUGAUACAUAUGAUUAUUCUUGAUAAAGACUAUAUUUCUGAAAAAAUACUACUCUUAUCUCAAGAAAACAUUAACUAUUCACUGCAAGUGGAAACUUUUAGUUCCGAUUUGCAGACAUAUGAGGCUGAGAAUGAAGAACUUUCUAAUAUGUUAUGUGAGGUUAAAAAACAAAUGGAAAUCGCAUUUGAUAAACAGAGUGAAAGCUCCAAAAAUCUUGAAAUGUUGUCCGAUGAAUUGACUCAGUACAAAGUAGAAAUUAAUAAAACUUCUGAGAAAAUACACAAUAUAAUCAAAGAAUUAGAAAAUGGCACUUCUGAAAACGGCAAGCUUACUAAAAAACUAGAAAAGAAUCAAACACUCCAGCAGUCUGUGGAGUUAUUAGAAAAAUCAUCUCAUGAUGUAACUAAAGAAAUAAAUCGACUUAAUGGUGAAAUAAAAGACAUUUUACUCAAGUUAGAUACAGCAAAUGAAGAAAAAAGUAAGAUACUGCUCCAGCUUGAAAAUGUCUCCAAGGUGAAAGCAGAAUUUUCAGAAGAAUUGGAUAAGGUUUCUCAAGAGAAAGCCGAGUUGUCAGAAGAAAUUCAAAACAUGAAGAAAAAAAAUUAUGAAACUUCUGAAUAUGUGAAAGAUUUGUUGAGUAAAAUCGAUCAAUUAACUGAAGAAAAUGCUCAACUGUUAGGGCAGAUCACAAUUAUAUCCAGCGAUUUGAAUGAAAAGAAUAAGCAAUUCCAUUUGCUUGAAAUUUCUUCCAAACAACUGAAGAUAAUUGCUGACGAGAAAGCCAAUAUUUUGGAAAAAGUGUCGGAAGAAAAUAAAGGUAUUUUUGAAAUUGUUGACAGAUUAUCCCAAGAAAAAUAUGAAAUGGCUUGUACAAUAAAUCAAAUAUCACAAGAGAAAAUGGAUUUGAAAGAAAAUUUAGACAAGCUGACCAAAGAUUUUGAAUGGCUUUCCCAAGAAAAGACUAAAUUAACAGAAUCUUUUGAAUUGAGUCAAAAAGAGUUACAAAAAGUAAAAAAAGCACGGAAUGAUAUACUAGAGAGUCAGACAAAAAUUAUGAAAGAAACUGAGAAUAACAUUGUAAUGGCUCAUCAAAGUACUAUGGACAUGAAGCAAGAAUUGCUGAAACGAUUAGAAGAGUCAGAAAGUAAGAAGGCACAAUUAGAAACAGACAUGAAAAAAGUCCGAGAGGCAUAUGUAUCUGUGGUUUCGGCGAACUCAAAGUUGGAACUUGAAAUUGUGAAUCUUAGGAAAAAGAUUGAAGACAAAAACUCUCGUCUAGUUGAAUUUAUACAUAUCAAGGAAGCCUAUGAAAAGCUUCUAGAAGAAAACAGUCGGUUAAUGACUGAAGUAGAUACAGUAAAGUAUAAAAGGUCCAGGGAUAAAGAAGAAUUUGUUAAUUUGUUGAAAAAAGAACGUGAAGAAGCUGAUUCGAGGGAGAGCAAGAGAGUACGAGAAGUGAGAAAUGAGUAUGAAGAAAAGGUGGAAAAAAUGAAAGACAAAAUGUUGAAACUGUAUAGAGAGGAAGUCAAUAAAGAGAUACAGAAAGUAAAAUUUGAUCCUACUGAGACGGCUUUCAUUCAAAAAAGAAAUGAAGAUCUCACAAAUGAACUCUUUGAAGCCGAACAGAAAAUACAUCUCUUACAAACUGAGAUUGAAAGGUUGAAAACAAACGAAAACGAAGUAACUAGAAGCAUGUAUUCUUCCAAAGAAUCUUUACGGUCUCUAAGAGGAAAAGAAAGUUCGGCAUUUCAAGGUGGAUUGAAUCGAGACAGUGUAAUAUCACGAAGCAGUGUUACCUCUCGAAGUAGUGUCACCUCUCGAAGUAGUGUUACUUCCCUACGUUCAGGUAGUAAAGAAAAUGAAGUUAGAAAUAGACCAAGUUCGGUAGUAAUAAGGAAAGGAAAUAGUGUAUCAGCCAUGCAUAUACCAAGUGCGAAAAAUAGGACUGAAAAUGAUAGAAAGUUGUCCACAUUACCUAGAUCAAAUAUAAUGGAAAUUGAAGAAACAUUAACAAUAUCUCGAAGAACUUCUAUAAACAAUGUUCCAAGUAACAUUGGUUCAAAUUUGGAAAUGGAAGACGAGGAUGAUGAUUUCAACAAUAAAUAUUUGGCUGAUCUUAAGGCAGGAAGAUGUCUGUUGGGACCAUCAGAUAAUGAUACAAAUGCUGACAGGUUUUCAGAGUUAGCUUGGAGAAACUCUUUGGUACCACCACAUUUAAAAUCAUCCUACCCUGCUGAAACACAAUUUAUCAGUCCAUCCCAUUUUAAAGAGGAUGACAUAAAGUCAGGAAAUAUUGGAUUGGAUGACAGCCUCAGCAAACUCCUUCCUGGAGAAAAACCACGCCAAAAAAAAGAUUUUGGCACGACCUCCUACAAGAAACCAGGUCCUCCGACACCGAGCAAAAAUGGCGGCCGUUUAUCACUUCAGGGAAAUGAGGUUCAACCUUUACGUGAACACAAUGACAGGACUUCUCCAAAAAAAACUACUCCAAGUAGAAUCAAAGCAUUAUUCAUGGGUCGAACUAGUCUAAGGGAAAAUUCCGAG